CACUUGACACUACUACACUCUCUAUUAUUAUUUGAAUCAAAACAUACAAUAAUUAUCUGAUUUUGUUUUUGUCAUAAAGACAUUAAUGGAAUCAACAUUGUUAUUAGCACAUUGGCAUGCAUCAAUGAAUUCAACAUUAUUUGGUGAAGUAAUUCUUGAACCAAAUAAUGACCAUCAUACCCUCUCAAUCUCUAUGCAUUACUAUUCUUACUUGUCCCUAUCAUUGAUCCUUGUAUUGAUGACAUGCAUUGUCACAAAAUUUGUUCAUGCAAAAAGAGAAAAAUCAAAACACAAGCUUCCAUUACCACCAGGACCUUCCUUCUUUACCAUGGUGAGAAACCUUGUUGAGUUUUGCAAUAAGCCACAACAAACAUUGGCCAAGAUUGCUAAGCUUUAUGGCCCUGACAUAAUGUUUUUGAAGUUUGGUCAAUCAACCACUGUAAUAAUCUCUUCACCAAACAUUGCCAAAGAAGUUCUCCAAACCAAUGAUUUGUUGUUCUCGGAUCGAACGGUUCCGAGUAUUGUAACCUCCCUUGAUCACCAUAACUAUAGCUUGCCCUUUUUACCUGUUUGUCCACUUUGGAAAGAUCUAAGGAGAAUAUGCAAUGAACAAUUGUUCUCCACCAAAGUCCUUGAUCUAAGUCAAGGGCUUCGGCGCAAGAAGCUUCUAGAUCUUCUCAACGACAUGCGAAAAUACGGCCAAACAGGCGAAGCUGUUAAUGUAGGACACGCGGCUUUUAGGGCAUGCAUAAAUUUCUUGUCCUAUACUUUUGUGUCUGAGGAUUUUGUUGAAUCUGUAGAGAAUGGAGAGUACAAGGAGAUUGUGUCCACUCUCUUGAAACUAACCGGAACAACAAAUGUGGUGGAUAUUUUUCCAUUUUUGAAAAUAUUUGAUCCUCAAGGCCUCCAAAGACACACUAUUAAUUACCUUACCAAAUUCUUCCGUAGUUUGGAUAAGUUGAUUGAUAAAAGGUUGAAGUUGAGAGAAGAGAGAAAUUAUGUCACAAAUAAUGACAUGUUGGAUGCACUCCUUGAUGUUUCUCAAGAAGAUAGCAAGAGGAUGGACAGGAAAAAAAUCAGACACUUCCUACUUGAUCUACUUGUAGCGGGAACGGAUACAACAGCAUAUGGAUUAGAAAGAGCAAUGACUGAAGUACUCCACAAUCCAGAGGUUAUGUCCAAAGCCAAACAAGAGUUGGAACAAAACAUUGGAAGAGGUAACCCUAUUGAUGAGUCCGACGUUGCCAAACUGCCAUACUUACAAGCAAUUGUAAAAGAGAGUUUACGGUUACACCCUCCAGCUCCACUCUUGCUCCCAAGAAAAGCUAAGGUUGAUGUGGAGAUCUCAGGUUAUAGGAUCCCAAAGAAUGCAAGGGUCCUAAUUAAUGAAUGGGCUAUUGGUAGGAACCCUAAUGUGUGGGACAAUGCCAAUUCGUUCUUGCCAGAGAGAUUGUUGGGAUCUAAAAUUGAUGUUAAAGGAAGAGAUUUUCAGCUGACACCAUUUGGAAGUGGAAGAAGAAUUUGUCCUGGUUCUCCAUUAGCUAUGAGAAUGAUUCAUGUCAUGUUGGGAUCUUUGAUCAACUCUUUUGAUUGGAAACUUGGAAAUAUGGACAAGGAUCAACCCCUCCAAGCUAUUCCUCUUCCUAUUAUAAUAAACAAUAAUUAAGGAUCGUGAUUAGUGGGUCUCCUUCCUCCAUGAAGUUGAUUUAAUAAUUGCUCUAGGCUCUAUAUAUAUAGUUGUUGUUCACUUGUUCUACGUAUUUGC